UAUUAUGCGCCUGCCUUGAAUUACUGCCGGGUCAAACUCGCUUCCCAAAAUAAUUAGCGGAUGCUUAGUAUUACCGCCUGGUCAAACUCGUGACGUCACGAGUGACACUUCCCUUGUCAUCAUUUUCAAAAUGGAGGAGGCUAAUUUCAAUACCGGUAAUUUGAAAUCGCAUAAAGGGAAGAAGAUUAAGAGCUAUUCAGUAGGAUUUAAGGUCCAAGCUUAUAUCACACUCAAACUUUUACUGCUUACAUUUGGUAAGUGCCGGAGUGAGAAGAGGUUUUAAAAUAAUUAGCGCAUGCUUACUUUUACCGCAUGCCUUUGGUAAGCGCAGGUGUGAGAAGAGGUUUUAAAUUGAUUAGCGCCCCGCGGCAAUUCAAAGAAAUACUGUGUAUAUAUAUGUAUACAAACUAGAGCUCUAUUUUAUAUAUAAAAAGGAGAGGCAAAGGACUAUGAUAAAGCAGUUGAGCUACUCACUACAUACUUUAGCCCAAGUCAUAAUGUGGAGUUUGAAAUCUACACAUAUAGACAAGCAAAACAAAACGAGGGAGAAACAAUGGAUGCAUUCCAUACUAGACUCAGGAAACUGGCCCAAAACUGUGAAUUCCGUGACGAAAAUAAAGAAAUAAAAUUACAAAUCAUACUCGGCUGCAUGUCGUCACGGCUCAGGAGGAGAGCACUAAGAUACCCUAGGAUGACUCUCAAAGACUUAGUGGAUCUCGCCAGGGCAUUCGAAACAUCUGAAUUUCAAGCUUCUGACACGGAAAACAAAAAUAACACAGGAGAGAUUGCAGCCAUAGCUAGCACAAGCAACAAAAGAUGGGCAGGCUUGCUGCCCCACAGAUUAAAGAUGAACAGUGCACAACAACAGCAAUCAAAAACAACAUGCAGGAAUUGUGGGGGCACAUUUCCUCACCAGGGAGGACAAUCAGCAUGCCCGGCAAAAGGCGUCUCAUGCAAUGCAUGCGAGAAACUCAAUCAUUAUGCUCGUUGCUGUCUCUCAAAACAGACAACCAAACAAACACACAGCAUGUACAAAACAACACCAUGCAAGUCAGAUCACUUCAGGCUGAUGUAGACGAACUACCUCACACCUCUGUCAGCCAUGUAGCUGCACAAGACUCAAUCACAGAUGAUGAGUACCUAUUUGUCACAAGCACAGCUGGUGGCGCACUACUGCCAGUGCGGCAACUUAUGAUAGCUGGUGAAAACAUGAACGUUUUGGUCGAUUCAGGUGCUUCAGCCAACAUUCUGGAUGAGACAGCCUUCGGCACAAUUCAGUCAAAUGUAAAGCUCGAACAAGCUAGAAAGAAAAUCUUUACCUGUGUCUCAAACACUCCACUCCCACGAAGGGGGAAAGUAAACACAACAGUCUCGGCAAAUGGCAAAACUGUCGAAGCAACUUUUUAUGUGGCUGAAGGUGCUCAUGGCUCCCUACUGGGCCACACAACAGGAACUAAACUAGGCCUACUGCACAUAGUGUGUUGCACGCAGACCAAAAAGCAAGACAUGUCCAAGGCUCAACAGUUACUCCUGCAAUAUCCAAAUCUCACCACUGGCAUAGGGAAACUAAAGAAUUUCCAAGUCAAGCUACACAUCGACGACAUCGUACGGCCUGUAGUCCAACCACAUCGUCGCAUUCCUUUCCACAUGCAAAAGAAAGUGGAGCAGGAACUGCAACACCUAGAGUACCAGGGCAUUAUUGAGAAAGUUCAUGGCCCGACGCCAUGGGUGUCCCCCAUCGUAGCGAGUUCAAAACCCUAAAAUCCAGAAAAAAUCUGUCUCUGCAUUGAAAUGCGCCUUUCCAACACAGCUGUCCAGAGAGAAAGGUACAUAUCACCUACAGUGGAUGACAUCAUACACGAUCUCAACGGUGCAACUAUCUUCUCCAAGCUGGACCUCAAUGCAGGAUACCAUCAACUUGAAUUAGCACCAGAAUCGAGAUACAUCACCACAUUUUCGACACAUAUGGGACUCAGGAGAUGUACGAGGCUCAUCUUUGGAAUAUCGUCAGCAGCAGAAGUUUUCCAACACACAAUUCAAAACAUGCUGCACGGAAUACCAGGGGUCAGAAAUUUCAGUGACGACAUUAUCAUAUUUGGGGCCACACCUGCAGAUCACGAUCGAUCCAUGGAGGCUGUCUUCAAGAGACUCGCUGAGAGCAACCUCACAAUCAAUGAGCAAAAAUGUGAGUUUAAAAAACAGUCUUUGGAAUUUUAUAGCUAUGUAUUUUCAAAAGAUGGGGUCUCUCCUGACCCUAAGAAGAUCCAGGCCAUCACACACAUGCCGCUGCCUCAGAACCAGAGUGAAGUCCGCAGUCUACUGGUAAUGGCCAACUACAGUGCUCGCUUCAUUCCAGACUUUUCAUCAAUCACCCAGCCAAUUCGUGAACUUACAAAGAAAGAUGUGGCCUGGCACUGGACAGAAAAACAUACAAAUGCCCUGACUCAGCUAAAAGACAGACUAAUCAGCCAACCAGUCAUGAGCUACUUCCAUCCAGGAAGAAAGACUAAGGUCAUUGUGGAUACAAGCCCGGUUGGUCUCGGCGCUAUCCUUGCACAAACAGACAAGACAAACAACAAAACGCACAUUGUGGCCUACGCUAACAGAGCCCUGACUCCUGUGGAACAAAGGUACUCCCAGACUGAACGGGAAGUGCUUGCAAUAAUCUGGAGUUGCGAACACUUCCACCUGGAUCGGAUUUUGUCAUGGACACAGACCACAAACCACUGGAACUGAUUUUCAAAAAUCAGAAGUCCAAACCCCCAGAAAGAUGGGCUCUUAGACUCCAACCCUACAAGUUCAAAGUGGUCCACAAAGCGGGGAAAUCUAAUCCAGCAGACUAUAUGUCACGCCACCCACAAACUCUCCACCAGUGUGUGACAACUGAUGACAUGGACACUGAAAUCCAUGUCAGGUUCAUCGCAAAACAUGCAAUCCCCAAAGCAAUGACUCUCCAAGAAGUGAAAAAAGAGACAGUCAAGGAUCCAGUGCUGCUACACCUGAAAGAAGUGAUUCACUCUGGCGACUGGACCCACCUGUAUGACGGCCCCUCGGAAUUUGAUCACUCAAUGUUAAAAGCCUUCCACAACGUCAGGGAAGAACUCGCAGUCCUGGAUGACGGCAGCCUCAUCCUUAGAGGCAACAGACUGGUACUGCCACAGACGCUACAAACUAGAGCGCUAGCUCUCGCUCAUGAAGGACAUCAAGGCGUGGUUAAGACCAAGCAGCUACUCAGAGAAAAGGUCUGGUUCCCGGGAAUAGACAAGCAAUCAGAAGAACUAGUGUCUCAGUGCAUCCCAUGUCAGUCAUCAGUACUGAGAACGGAACACCAGCCACUACAAAUGUCGGAACUCCCAACUGGACCCUGGAAAAAUGUCUCCGUGGACUUUUGCGGUCCCCUACCCUGCGGUGAUUACCUGUUUGUUAUGCUGGAUGAAUACUCAAGAUUCCCCUUCGUCGAGAUCACAUCCUCAACCUCAGCACACACAAUAAUCCCUGUUAUGGAUAAAAUACUUUCCCUGGUGGGCACGCCAGAAGUCGUGAAGCGUGACAACGGGCCCCCAUUCUCAGGCAAUAUAUUCGGUGACUUUGCUCACUACCUCGGCUUCCACCACAGGAAAAUCACACCAUACUGGCCACAGGCCAAUGCAGUUGUUGAAAGUUUCAACAGACCUUUAAUCAAGGCUGUGCACACUGCCAUGGUUGAAGGCAAGCCAUGGAAGCAAGAAUUGUACAAGUUCCUUCGCAAUUAUCGUGCCACUCCUCCCCACACCACCAACCGGUCUCCAGCAGAAUUAUUCUUUGGUCGACCAAUGUCGAUAAAACUGCCCUCCAUCUCUCACCCCACCGACGACAAUGACCUCAGGCAAACUGAUGCACAAAGGAAGACGAAAAUGAAACUAUAUGCGGAUGAAAGGAGGAAUGCUGUGCACUCACAGUUAAAACAGGGUGAUGUUGUCCUGAUACGUCAGAGAAGAACCGGAAAAAUGGUCACACCAUUCAAUCCUAAGCCAUACAAGGUCAUCUCAGUGAAAGGAACAAUGGUCACCGCAAAAAGACAUGGACAUGAAGUCACCAGGCACAGGUCCCUGUAUAAGCUUCGUAAACACGAGCCAUCUGUUCCACUGAAUUGUGACAGUGACAGCAGUGAGGAUGAUGAUGAGGACAGUACCGGCUAUCAGGUUCAUGACCAGGGUCGACAACGACAACAAAGCCCGAAUCAAGACCAGAGGAGAUACCCAAUCAGAGCAGACAGACGACUCCCAAGGAGACUCUUGGAUUAAAGUAACCUUUGAAUUUCUACUUGCUCCUGUAUACUAAUGUCAGGAGGCAUUUGUUAUCCAUUUAAAAUGUUUGUAUUGUGUUGUCAUUGUGAAAGUUUGAACUGGCAAAAUCCUUAGGUUGAUUUAAGUUAAGUGUCAUCAUACAGUCUUUUUUUUCAGCAGAAACAAGGACAUUUAAUUUGAAAGAAAAGGAAGGAUGUAAUGUUGUGAAAAUGGACAUGGCCCCUUUAAGAGACUGGAUUCUCAAGUCUCUCACGUGAUCCCGGAAGUUGAAUGUUUGAGAGCGCGUGAGGCGGUUGCGAUGCUGGUAAAGAGUACAGCGGAGUAUAAUGGAUGUAUGAAGGUGUUCAUUAAACACAGUUCUAUAAAGCAAGAGUGGACCUCACGUUUCUACAUUCGGGACCCGGGGUUACCACUCCUUAUGCAUCAGUUCGUGAUGUCUCUGCGUUGCGACGUGUUUAAAUAGAAAAGGUUCCCCUGUUGGCUCCACUAUGGACUGGACUCUCACAUUAUUAACUGUAUUUACUCGGCAUCCAUUGCACCGGUCACCCAGGUGGGGUGGUGAGGACGCCUUUGGGGGUUGGGCCCUUCCAAUGUUUUUCAUUACGCCCAAUGGGUUGAAGUUUUUUUUUCCUGAUGUUGGAUCCGAGCCGAAGAUGUCAUUGUAGCUCGUGCAACCCUUUGAGACACUUGUGAUUAAGUUAUAUAUAAAUAAACAUUAAUUGAUUAAUUGACAAAGACAUGCACCUGGGGAUAGGUUGACUGGCAACACUAAAUUGGCCCUCGUGUGUGAAUGUGAGUGUUGUCUGUCUAUCUGUGUUGGCCCUGCGAUGAGGUGGCGACUUGUCCAGGGUGUAUACCGCCUUCCGCCCAAAUGCAGCUGAGAUAGGCUAAGCACCCCCCGCGACCCCAAAAGGGACAAGCGGUAAAAAAUGGAUGGAUGUAUGACUAAUUGAUUGAUGGACUCUGAAAAAAUUAUCUGAUUAUGACGUGCAUUUUCAUGCAUUACACCUUAAAUCGGAAUACUUUGACAUGCGUGGAACGUAGCAUAAACGGAAAGGUCUAUUAUUGUUUGUGGUAAGGUGCACCAUUUGGACGAGUUCGCUCACUGUAGGUGCUUAAGAAGCAGUCAACUUCCACUGUAAACAAACAUGGCUCUGUGCAUUUCUGUGCGUUCAAUGUUAUCAUGGUAUUUAUUUAGAAUGUUUCCCUUCUGUUAAGAACUUUUUCUUUCUUUCUUUCUUAGUUUAUUUCGAACAUGAACAUGAACAAUCCCACAUCACUUCACAUCAAAUUAUGUCCGAAAAGGAGUAGUUUAACCUCUCUUUUGGAAAUGUAGCUAUUCUGUUCCAUUUAUGUUGGGAUUUGUAUAAGUUGCCACAUGGCUUCAUGUUACGACGAUCUGUGUAUGUGUUUGAAGCUAGCAGUUUGCACUUUGAGUAGCUGUAAGGCCGUGAAUAACAAAACAGCUCAUUAAGACAACUGAAUCCCUUCUAUUAUUGUUGUAUCGACAGAUGACACUCCAUACUACAUUUUUAUUUUUGCCAGUCUCGUUUUAAAGCAACAAACUCAACAGCAUAUAACGCUACUUCUGUACAUGUUGAAUGUGGGGAGACAGCAGCAAGACAAUCGCUUGAUUCCGAGACUAUUUAAUUUAGUCCCACCUCUACCACCAAAGUAUAGGUGACAAAGACAUGUGCAGAGAGGGUAAUUCUAACAUCAAUUUUGGAAGAUGUGUUUUCAUGCACUACAAUCCGAUUGACUAUUGGCAUAAAUCACCCGUCUCGAUCAGAAUGAGUUUCUGGUCUGAAUGUGUUUGAUCGGGUUACAAUAUUCUGAAUGGCAUGUUUACAUGAAGUAUUUUUUAUCCUGGCUAGGCUUUUAAUCCAAUUAAAUGUGUCCAUGUGCACAUAGCUAAGAUGUUACCUGGGGCUAUUGAGUGUUUUUCAAGUAUCAGACACACUCACCCAUGUGACCAGGGAUUGGUCAGGUCCCAACUUGUGUCCAGGUGCGACAGCAAGUAAGGAUCACUCCUCCUGAUUCACAGCCACCUUAAAGAUUCUUCAGCAUCUUCAAUGGCCUUCUUGAUGGCCCUUCGCUGCCUGACUUCUGUGAUGCCUAGCAUGUGGUAUUUCUACAGAGCAAUAGAAACCGUCUGCAUCCGACUUCAAUUGGCUCUUACUUUGCUCACCACCCGUUGCUCCGAAAAUCUUCCACCAGCUUGACAUACUUUGCCCCCUUUCUCUUAUUAGUCUCCUCAAUACUGUCCUCCCCGGAGUUUCUGAGAUCUGCACAAUAUCUGGUGAUAGCUUGGUUUUGGCAGCGGUUUCUGGGAAUUUGAGCUGCUUCUACCAGUCAACUCUUAACUUUCAGUCUUGUGUUGUUGCUAAGAGGUCAGAGGAGGUUGGCAUGAGGCAACCCAGCAGAAUCAAUAACCCAGUACAGGUCAGCUGAAACUGGGGCGACUAACUCGGCAAGGACUGAUGAGGAACAGCUGCUGCAUGCUUUGUAACUCCAACCACCACAGGAUGGUUGGUAUCUAUAGGCAACACAAAAUUGACCUAGAUAACAAAACAAUAGGGGCCAACAAGAACAAAGUAAAAUGACCAAAGUAACUACCGACAGUGUCACUAUGAAAUGUAACAGGAAGUUAAAUAAAAAGGUGGUCUAAAUCAAAUUAAAAAUAUUUAAGGCUACCUAUGUCCCAAAUCAAAAAUUAAAAACGGCUUGUUCCAACUGGAUAUGUCACGGCGCGGACUUGAACCCGCUUUUUUCCAGCAGCUGAGUUUCCCAGUUCGUCCUAUGUCUGCGUGCCCAGACCCGCCCCUGCUUGUGCUGGGCGCAGCACGCCCACGCAGCAACAAAGCUGCAGACAAUUACAAAUCAUCACACCUGAACCUGAUGAGAGGGAGCGGCAUAAAAGCCAGCGGACCCAGGAGACCUUUGCCAGAACAUUGCCAAUCUUUCACAUGUCUUCCCUGUUGCCUGUGAUCGUUCCUUGCCUCACGACCUCCACCCGAAUCUCUGCUCGCCUCCCCCGACCCUCGACCCCAGCUUGGACUCGGACAUUGUUGCCUCUCUCCAACCCCCGACUGCUCGCCUCCCUGCUGACUACCUCUUCGUCUUGCCCCUUGGAUUCGACGAAAGAUUCACACAACAAACAACGACAACAACCCUUGGUAAAACUUACAUUGUUAAUUCUACACAUCGUCCGCACUCAUUUAUUUGUGGUAGCAUACACACCCCACACACACAUCAAGGUUUUUAAUAAACCUGGUA